UGGCUUCCUUUUGGAAGCUCAAGUCGGCGGCGGUGUGAACAUAGAGUUAGAUUAUGUCUGUAAAUGUAGGUGAAGUGUACUAUUUUCUCUCCUAUGUUAAUGGUAAAGUGUAUUUUCAGUCAACGAUGUUGUCAGUGUGACCUGUGUUUAGCAUCUUUGUAACACUCCCAGUUAGCCCUAGAACUCCCCCUGCAUUCACUAUCAGUAAAGCAUUUGAAACCUGACACUUUUUAUAUUCCAGAUGUUUCAUUUAUCGGUUUCUUUUUUCUGAGUAGGACAGCAGAUAUGUGGAGCGUCCUCCUGUGGUCCUAAUGCCCUGUGUGUUGGUGACGGACGCUGUGAGUGCAAACCUGGAUAUGAGAUACCUGAUGGCCACCUACCCACUGGAGACUCCUAUCAGUGUGAAGUUUCACAGAUUAAAGCGUGUGGCACAUCAUCUCAGGUUUGCCCUGAUUCGUCCAGAUGUAUCGACACUGAAGAUGGAUUUUCCUGUGAAUGUCAAAACGGUACCAUACCCAGUAUCACUGCAGGGACAUUGGUUUGCAAAGACCUUCACAGCAAUGAGAGCACGUCGCCCAAGGCUCAAUUUAACAAUCUGAACAGUACCAUCAUGAAUUUGACAGAUGAUGUUGUUUUAGAGCCAUAUGUAGUGUCGUCCUUACUGGGGAGUUUAGAAGAUGCCCUCACUAAGGUGAUACAGAAUACCAGUGAAGAGAAGCUGGUGGUCUUGGGUGAUGCCAUGCUGCAGUCCACUGAAAAGCUGGUGGGGGCCCUGGUGGAGCCGACAACCUCAAACGCCAGCAAAACACUGACCAAAAAAACCAUGGAAGUACAAAUUUUCACCAUCGGAAAGGACUAUAGAAGCAAUAUGAGUGCUAUUGUUGAAAAUAAAAAUAACUCUUUGGAUAUUGACCUCGUUGGUAUUGCAAGGAACAAUAAUGGAUCAGCCGCUGUGGCCUUCACAAACUUCAAGAAAUUGGGAUCAGUUCUAACAACAGACCUCUUCUACACUGUCAAUGAUACAAAGAAGACCAUGAUGUCUGCAGUUCUGAGUGCCUCCCUUCCAAAAACCCAUAACAAAGACUUUCCCAGUCCAGCCAACAUCACAAUUAAACACAUCCAGAGUCUGGACCCCCAGGGUGUGGUCUCCUGUGUGUACUGGAAUGGCAGCGCCUGGGUGGUAGACGGCUGUGAUGUCACCCAGACAAACGCCACCCACACCGUCUGCAGCUGUGUGCACUUCUCCACCUUCUGUCUGAUCAUGCAGGUGGAGCGACCUCCAGAGAUAAUGAAUAAGACAACCCAGAUGAUGGAGUUGCUGAAUAGGAUCGCCGUCUCUAUUGGCUUGGGGUUCUUGACCCUGGCUAUGAUGAUCUUUGCCCUCUGUCGAUGGAAACCCCAAGUGAACAACACGACUCGUCUGAACCUUUGCAUCAGCCUGCUUCAUGCCCAGCUCCUCUUCCUGCUCGUCCAGGAGUUCAUCCAUCUCAUACGUCCUCACAAGAUUGUGUGUACGGUGCUCUCAGGAGUUCUUCACUACUUGUUCCUGAGCUGUUUUGUGUGGAUGCUCCUGGAGACCGCCUGGCUUUUCCACGCUGUCCUCAGGCUCAAAGACGUCAGAUCCCCACGAGGAUUGGAACCUCACUGGGGAUUCCAGUGCCUGAUUGGUUAUGGGGGUCCCUUGGUUGUUGUUGCUGUUUCAGCUGGAAUUAUGCCUGAUGGCUAUGGGAGUGACAACUGCUGGUUGAAUUACGAAAGAGGAUUCAUCUGGAGUUUUCUUGGUCCUGUGUGCUGCAUCCUUGGAACAAACGCUGUCCUCUUCUUCGUCAUCGUCAUCCUCCUACGCACUACCCUGUCUCAGAUACGGCAGAGCCCCACAAACAAAAAACGAAUCAGGUAA